GCGGCGGGUCUGGCUGGCGGCGGCGGUGGCGGCGGGCGGGAGGAGAGUGCCCCGUGUGCACGUGUGGAGAAGCGGCGGCACCAGCGCGGCGGCGGGAGGCACCCUCGCCCCCUCUGGAGACGCAGGGCCGCGCUCGACUCUCGCGGCCUCCGUCACCCGCUCAGCUCCCUGCUCUAAGCGAGGAGGCCGGCUUGCGGGGUGGAGUGGCCCGAGCUGAGGGCGCGGAGAGCUCAGGGCGGCGACGACAACGGCGUUGAUAUCUGUGGUAACAACGGCCUCAGCAGGCGGGGAAGAUGAAAGGUAGCCGGAUCGAGCUGGGAGAUGUGACACCACACAAUAUUAAGCAGUUGAAGAGAUUAAACCAGGUGAUCUUCCCAGUCAGCUACAAUGACAAGUUCUAUAAGGAUGUGCUGGAGGUUGGCGAGCUAGCAAAACUUGCCUAUUUCAAUGAUAUUGCAGUAGGUGCAGUAUGCUGUAGGGUGGAUCAUUCACAGAAUCAGAAGAGACUUUACAUCAUGACACUAGGAUGUCUGGCACCAUACCGAAGGCUAGGAAUAGGAACUAAAAUGUUAAAUCAUGUCUUAAACAUCUGUGAAAAAGAUGGCACUUUUGACAACAUCUAUCUGCAUGUCCAGAUCAGCAAUGAGUCUGCAAUUGACUUCUACAGAAAGUUUGGCUUUGAGAUUAUUGAGACAAAGAAGAACUACUAUAAGAGAAUAGAGCCCGCUGAUGCUCAUGUGCUGCAGAAAAACCUCAAAGUCCCUUCUGGCCAGAACGCAGAUGUGCAAAAGACAGACAACUGAACAAAUUACAGAUGAACUUUCUUGCACUUGCUUGUCGCCAAAUAAAAGAGAGGCCCAUUGAUUCCCCCCCCCCUUUCUUUUAAACCUUUCCCCCUUCCUUGUUCUUGUGUUUCCUCCUUUCAAAACUUCCUUCCCUUUCCUCUAAAAGUUUUAAACUUUUAAGGACUUAUUAAUCAUGUUUGGAUUGUUUUAGUUUUCUUAUUUUUGUGAGGUGGUUUGAUUGUAGGAAGGAGAAGGUAUAGAUCUGUUUAGUUUCACAGUUAAGAUAUAUGGUCCCAAAAACUUGAGUGUCAAUUUCAUUUGUUUUUUUAAUGUCCUGCUUUCACAUUGAAGGGCAGAGCCUACAAAAUAUUGUAUAUUUCAGAGGACGAGAAGCAGCAGCAGCAAUAUCUUGUUCUCUAACUCAUAGACAAGUUUAGUGUGUUCGUGGUACUUUGGGGUUUUCAAGAUUCUGUGGGAUACUAAUCCCUGUACAUUGCCUUCACUCCACCUUUUGUCCUUCUGAGUAUUAUCUCAGGAGUUGGACCAUUGUUAUCCUUGUAAGAAAUACUAAGCUUAUUUUGUUCUGUUAAGCAGUUAUUUCUUCCUUCCUCGCUGGUGGCUGACGGUGGGUGGGACAGUCUGAGUAGGUGGUAUUAUACUUUGGUCUCAGCAUUUGAGUUAAACUGCUUUUUGCUAAUGAGCGGGCUGGUUGUUAGCAGGUUUAUUUUUCCUGCUGUUGAUUGUUAGAAGUGGCAUUAACUUUUGGAGUGUGGGCUGGUGAGAUUAAUUUUUUUUAAUAUCCCAGCUAGAGAUAAUGGCCUUUAACUGACCUAAAGAGGUUGGUUGUGAUUUGCUUUUUUUUCUCCUGUCCUUUUUCUUCAGUAAAUCCACAAUAGUUAGUCAAACCUUAAAAACGGAGUUGAUGUCCUUAUAGGUCAAUGCCCCUAAAUAAACCUGAAGCAGGUGUUGUCUUUUGGACAUAUUAAAAAAUACCUAAAAGGAAGCUUAGAUGGACUUGUGGCACAACAAAUGCAUUUAAUGUCAGCUAAUGCAGACUGUUAGAAGUGUGGCCACUGAGCAUUUGAUUUUAGAGGAAGGAAUAUCUAGACAGUAUUUUUGAGAAUAACAUAGCUGUGCUAAUUGCUUAUCUGUUGGAGAACAUCCCAGAUUUGCUUACAUUCUGUGCCUGUGAUAUUGAGUUUAAGGAUUUGGGGGUGGGAGAAUUAUUAAACAUAUUGCUUCUAUUCUUGGAAAAA